CGGUGUCGGAACGGAAGUCAAGUUUGCCAUAUCGGGAGCGACCAAACCCACCUGGCCAAGGCCAGUUGUUGCACCGUGUCCUUUCGUUGAAAUCUUCAAUCACCGCAUUUUACGUUGCAUUUACAACUCCAAAUGGCCUCCAAGUUCGGAAAAAGGCCCGAAGGGUCAGAUGGAAGUGAUUUCUGGCACAGGGAAAGUAUCGCGGGGCAGUAUAAAGUUAGCACUGAAAACAAGUCGAGACUGAGGCUAGAUUUGUUCUUUCACUUCGUCACUGGCUUCAUGAUGUUCAUUCGUCUACUGCCAGCUUUAACUGCCUUUUUCGGGAUGUCGGUGAAGAUGUUGCGUCGGUGGGAUCUACCAGCUCCGCGGUCGUGGGAGUACGCUUGGUUCAUUAGUGUUGUAGCUGCCGUGCUUGGGUGGAAAUCAACACCUCACAACCAAAUAUUUCUCAUCAAACAGUACAUGCUAGGAUCUGUUGUAUUUGGGAUUUUCCCUGUUAUAUUUGGUUUCAUAGAUGUUGCUGAUGAUUUAGGCAAAUACUACCAUGAAAAGAAGUACACGUAUGUGAUGUUUGGCUAUCCUGCAGUUAUUGUGUGGUUUUUGUUCCUGCUUGUAGCAGUGCAGCUGCACAUCUUUGGACUUUAUUUUGGCACUGUGCUUGUGAAAGCAUGGCGACCCCGUGUUGUAAAACCCAAAGAAGGAUAAACAUCUCACCCAAA